GCGGAUAAAAACAGCUUUUUUCUCUUUUAAUAAGCCUACCACGUUUUCAAUAAUCUCCUUGAUAAGCUCCGAAACACAUGUUACACGAAGAAAAGGCCAAAGUAUCCAAUCGUUUUGCGAAGAAACUUAGCCGUACGCUCGGUCCACAUUCUGCCCCCCAUUCCGAUACUCCAUCGACUGUGAAUAGCACAAACCAAUUCCGGCGUCCAUUAAAGAUUCGAUUUUUCCCAUCAUAGAUAGCAAAGUACUGGAAUAGGAUUCAACUUUACUUAUACCAGGUGGGAGGCGUGAGCUCAAGAGCUGAGCUUUGAUGGGGAAGGCUCCCAGAUUUCCGGGUAUUAGCGAAGAAGUGCAGAAGCUUCUGGAUGCGGAUAUGGACUUCGUAGAUGCCAGGCGUCGAGCGCGCGAGGCUUUCAAGGCCACCCAGCUCUCAAUAGACCAUUUCUUGUUCAAGGUGCCACGCUCUGAUUUAAAAAUAGAGGAGUCCUGUAAGGAAAACUCCAGAGGGAUACAGAUUUUUUCCAAAAGCUGGAUUCCGGCGACAAGUCCACCCAAAGCUCUGAUCUGUAUAUGUCAUGGUUAUGGAGAUACUUGUACAUUUUUUGUUGAAGGUAUUGCUGCAAAGCUAGCAUGUUCUGGUUAUGGGGUAUUUGCCAUGGAUUACCCCGGAUUCGGUCUAUCUGAAGGUCUGCAUGGCUACGUACAUAGUUUUGACCAGCUUGUUGAUGAUGUCGUUGAGAAUUUCUCAAAAGUUAAAGAAAAUCAAAAGUGGUGCAGUCUGCCAAGCUUCCUCUUUGGACAAUCUAUGGGGGGAGCAGUUGCUUUGAAGGUGCACCUGAAGCAACCUCAUGCAUGGAGUGGUGCGGUUCUUGUUGCACCUAUGUGCAAGAUUGCAGAUGAUAUGACUCCACCAUGGCUAUUGGCAAAAAUACUUAUAGGGAUGGCAAAUUUUCUUCCAAAAUUGAAGCUAGUCCCUCAAACAGACUUAGCUGAGGCAGCAUUCAGAGACAAGAAGAAGAAAGAACAGGCAGCUUACAAUGUCAUUGCUUACAAACAUAAACCACGUUUGAGGACUGCUGUGGAACUAUUGAGGACCACUCAAGAGAUUGAGAAAUUACUAGAAUCGGUUUCUCUACCCUUACUCAUUCUGCAUGGGAAGAAUGAUAAAGUGACUGAUCCAUCAGUGAGCCAAGCCUUGUAUGAGAAGGCCAACAGCAAAGACAAGAAGUUAAACCUGUAUGAUGAGGCUUGGCAUUCCCUUCUGGAGGGUGAGCCAGAUGAGAUGAUUCACAGAGUAUUUGGUGACAUUAUUUCUUGGCUCGAUCAACAUACAUAAUUAUAUAUAUAUACACACACGUAAUUAUAGUCCAUCAUUUGCAAUGGAGCCAAAGACUCACUAUUUUUUGGCUUGGAAAUAUGAUAGAAUAAAACAAAAUGGCUCAUUCAAUAGUCUGCGCUUCUUUGUUAUGAAGCAGUAGUCAAUCCAUGAAAUUUUCUAUGCGAAUUUCAUUAUGAGUCAUCUGGAAACGGUCUCUUUGUGCUUUAGUACAAAGGUAAGACUGCGUAAACUCGACCCCCUUACCCCACUAUAGGUUGGAGCCUUUGCGGCACUGGGGUAAUGAUGAAUGAAUGAUGAAUGAUAUAUACACAUGAUUAUACACACAUGCACGGAUUAAUACACGAUGUAAUCCCUAUUGUGUAUGAUACCAUUACUGGUGUACAUAUCAAUGUAUUAUGAAAACUUAUGCAUUUGUUGAAGCAUGAUGUUUACUUUAUUUUAGCAUUUAAAAUGUAAGCAAUUGCGUGUUGCACGUUCCCUAUUCUUAUAUAGAGCCUAUUUGGUGAUCAUGCUUUUCAGCUUAUACUUAAAAAAAUCGGUUAUCUUCUUAGCCGAUUUCUCUAUUUCUUUUUCUC